AUGAGGACAUUCGCAUCAGAUGAGAGAACGCUACGAGAAGAGAACGCAGACGGGCUAGACGAUGAGGAAAUGAGUAGACAAUGGAGCGAUGGGGAAAUUUAUGGCAGAGUCACUUGCAACAUUGACACUACGAAAUCGCUGGGCACAGCAAUGGUGAGUUUGUUUCGAGAAAUCUCUGGAAUGGUUAAUGGGAUGUCAAACAAUCAGCGUCAAUCUUUACAUGAAACAACUCCCAGAAGUCGCCUUGAAGUCGAACUGCUCCGUGACAACGCAGGUCCCCAAACGGCAAAGACGACGCGGAAAUUUCUGGACGUGAGUACCUCCUCUCCCUCUAGAAGAAGCACCCCAGAUCCUGCCACAUCGAUUAUUACCUGUUUCGAGCAUUGCGGAAGCAUCUGCGUGAAGAAAAAUACAAAGACCACGAUCAUCUCAACAACACACUACGAACUCGAUGACUUUUUAUCGUAG